CAGGAUGGACCCCCAGAGCCAGGUCCUGGACAGGAUGGACCCCCAGAGCCAGGUCCAGGACAGGAUGGACCCCCAGAGCCAGGUCCAGGACAGGAUGGACCCCCAGAGCCAGGUGGUGGUCCUGGACAGACUGCGGUCUUCCUUCCGGUCAGGAAUCACAGUACCGGAGCAGUUCCGUCUAACUCAGCUGACCAAACUUCUGUCCUUGGUCGAAGAAAACGAGCAACAGAUUUUAAAUGCACUGCACAAAGACCUGGCAAAGCCAAAGUUUGAGGCCAUCAUGUCCGAGGUUGUUAUCGUCACUAAUGAGCUGCACUUCGCCAUCUCCAACCUCAAAAGCUGGAUGCAGCCCGAGUACGUCAGCAAAAACCUGGCCACUAAGUUCGAUGACUGUUUUGUGCGGAGGGAACCGCUGGGAGUUGUGUUGAUCAUCGGACCGUGGAACUACCCGCUGCAGCUCCUGCUGCUGCCGCUGGUGGCAGCCAUCGCUGCAGGGAACUGUGUGGUUCUGAAGCCUUCAGAGGUCAGCGCUGCUACAGAGAGUCUGAUGGCGGAGCUCGUCCCCAGAUACCUGUCUCAGGACUGUUAUGCGGUGGUUCGUGGUGGAGCAGAAGAGACCAAAAUGCUUCUCCAGAACAGAUUUGACCACAUCUUCUACACAGGUUCUCAAGCUGUGGCCCGUGUGGUCCUGCAGGCCGCCUCCCUCCACCUGACCCCCGUCACGUUGGAGCUGGGCGGGAAGUCUCCGUGUAUAAUAUUCGGUCGGAUCGACAUCAAGGCGGCGGCUCGCCGUCUGGUCUGGGCUAAAUACUUUAACCUGGGCCAGAGCUGCGUGGCUCCGGACUACGUCCUGUGUUCUCCAGACACCCGGGACGCUCUGCUGCCGGCGCUACGCCAAACCCUGGAGGAGUUCUACAGCCAGGACCCUCAGAGCAGUCCGGACCUGUCCCGCAUCGUGUCCCCCCGACACUGGACCCGCCUGACCGAACUACUGGGACGCUCCAGAGGGAAGGUGGUGAUCGGAGGAGAGAGCCACCAGGAGGACCAGUACAUGGCUCCCACGGUGGUGGUGGACGUGGAGGAAGACGAUGCUCUGAUGAAGGAGGAGAUCUUCGGCCCCAUCCUGCCCAUCAUCACCGUGGAGACCCUGGAGGAGAGCAUCGACUUCAUCGGCCGGCAGGAGAAGCCUCUGGCCCUCUACGUCUUCUCUGACGAGUCCUCAGUGGUGAACACGGUGCUGCAGAACAGCAGCAGUGGAGGAUUCUGCUCCAACGACGGGAUCCUCCACAUGACCCUGCCCACCCUGCCCUUCGGAGGAGUAGGGGCCAGUGGUUAUGGCAGUUAUCAUGGGCGCUGGGGCUUCGAGGCCCUGAGCCACCGGCGGGCCUGCAUGCUGCGGGGCUGGGCCCUGGAGAGGCUCAACGGGCUGCGCUACCCCCCGUACACCCAGACCAGACUCAGCUGGCUGCGCUGGAGCACCUCGGCCAAGAGCAGCUGCUCCCUCAUGUGAUCCAGCUGGCUGCAGCUUUUUAUUCCGUGCGAGUGAAUGAGAACGUUUGGGGAAAGUCUCUGUAUGUAUGUAUGGUAUUAAUGAUUCAUUUUUAAUCUGGAGGGAAAAUCUGUGUAUGUGUGUGUGUGUGCGUGUCUUUUUUCACACUGAGCUCCACAAUCAAUGCUCUGUGACUGUUUAACUGAUCUAGUCUGAUUUUAAUCCUGUUGCAACACUUUUCAGGUAUAUAUAUAUAUAUAUGUUUUCCUAUUUAAUGUUAAUCUUUUGUAUUGUUUUGGUUAUUUUCUUACAUGUUUGAGUGUCACUAAAAUUAUGUAAAUAAAAUAAAUUCUAAUUUUAAUGUUAAACGAUUUCUUUGAGA